AAGCCGUACUGUUGACCGUGGGCGGUGCCCCACCGUGCCCGAGCUGGGAGCUGCCGGCCGGUUCCAGUGAGGGGCGCGCGUAGCUGGGGUCCCCGACGCCCCGGGUGGUGCCCCCCGAGCGUCGCAGUUGGGUGGCCGGUCCGGGGCGGGCGGCGCGGCCCCACCAGGAUUGGCUGCUUCCCCGUGACAUCACGCGGCUCGGGGAAAAGUGCGAGCGUGAGCGCGAGUCGAAGCCACAGCGCCGGGAGCUGCGGGCGGAGCAGGGGCCGCCCCUUGGCACCCCGUCCCCGCCCCCGGCCCGGCCGUGCGCCCCGCCCGCUGGCCCACGGGCCGCCCGCUGGUCCUGCCGUCUGUCAGGUGCGAGGGGACCGGGGCGGAGGUGUCUGACACUGCCCGCCCACUACCGCUAACCAAAAUGGCGAACUUCACACCAGUCAACGGCAGCUCGGGCAACCAGUCUGUGCGCUUGGUCACAUCGACCCAUAACCGCUACGAGACGGUGGAGAUGAUAUUCAUCGCCACGGUGACAGGCUCGUUGAGCCUGGUGACUGUCGUGGGCAACAUCCUGGUGAUGCUGUCUAUCAAGGUCAACAGGCAGCUGCAGACGGUCAACAACUACUUCCUCUUCAGCCUCGCGUGUGCCGAUCUCAUCAUAGGCGCUUUCUCCAUGAACCUCUACACCGUGUACAUCAUCAAGGGCUACUGGCCUCUGGGCGCCGUGGUCUGUGACUUAUGGCUGGCCCUGGACUACGUGGUGAGCAACGCCUCUGUCAUGAACCUUCUCAUUAUCAGCUUUGACCGGUACUUCUGCGUCACCAAGCCCCUCACCUACCCGGCCCGGCGCACCACCAAGAUGGCGGGCCUCAUGAUCGCCGCUGCCUGGGUCCUGUCCUUCGUGCUCUGGGCACCUGCCAUCUUGUUCUGGCAGUUUGUGGUGGGCAAGCGGACCGUGCCAGACAACCAGUGCUUCAUCCAGUUCCUGUCCAACCCAGCAGUGACCUUCGGCACAGCCAUCGCUGCCUUCUACCUGCCCGUGGUCAUCAUGACGGUGCUCUACAUUCACAUCUCCCUGGCCAGUCGCAGCCGGGUUCACAAGCACCGGCCCGAGGGCCCUAAGGAGAAGAAGGCCAAGACUCUGGCCUUCCUCAAGAGCCCCCUGAUGAAGCAGAGCAUCAAGAAACCCCCACCGGGGGAAGCCGCUCAAGAGGAGGUGCGCAACGGCAAGCUAGAGGAGGCGCCCCCACCGGUUCUGCCACCGCCGCCGCGCCCGAUGGCCGACAAGGACACUUCCAAUGAGUCCAGCUCCGGCAGUGCCACGCAGAACACCAAGGAACGACCACCCACAGAGCUGUCCACCACAGAGGCCACCGCGCCUGCCAUGCCCGCCCCUCCCCUACAGCCGCGGGCCCUCAACCCGGCCUCCAAAUGGUCCAAGAUCCAGAUUGUGACAAAGCAGACGGGCAACGAAUGCGUGACAGCCAUCGAGAUCGUUCCCGCCACACCAGCUGGCAUGCGUCCGGCGGCCAACGUGGCCCGCAAGUUCGCCAGCAUUGCCCGCAACCAGGUGCGCAAGAAGCGGCAGAUGGCGGCCCGGGAGCGCAAGGUGACACGGACCAUCUUUGCCAUCCUGCUGGCCUUCAUUCUCACCUGGACGCCCUACAACGUCAUGGUCCUGGUGAACACCUUCUGCCAGAGCUGCAUUCCCGACACGGUGUGGUCCAUCGGCUACUGGCUCUGCUACGUCAACAGCACCAUCAACCCUGCCUGCUAUGCCCUCUGCAAUGCCACCUUUAAAAAGACCUUCAGGCACCUGCUGCUGUGCCAGUAUCGGAACAUCGGCACUGCCAGGUAGGCAGGCAAGGGUGCCCCAGAAGGUGCUGGUGGUCACGUGUGUGUGCUGAGCCAUGUGGUCUCUCCCGUGGCUGUCAGGGAGAGAUUUGGAAGCAUCUCUCCGUGUUCACGUUCGCUGAAGAGAACUGAGGUCCCCAAGACCCCGUGAGGCUCAGGAAGAAUCUCUGGCAGGAUUCAGAGAGACCAGAUCUCUGCUCAGGCUGAGGAGGGUCAGCCCCAGAAGCGUCUGAACCAAGACUGCCUGGCCCACCUCUGUUGCCCUGCCUCAGGGAGCUGGGAGGCACUGGCCUCCUGGGGCACCUGCCCCACUGUGACCAACCAGCAUGGCUGAAAUAAUGACAUCUGGAGGGAAGUAAAAGCCCAGAAUCCCCCUCGGGAGGAGCAAAGGAGCCACUGCUUUGGAAAGGAAGCUUCAGAAGGGAGUGGAAGGCUAGGGUCCCCCAUUGUGCCGUCGUUGGUGCUUUCUCCCUGCUGCACCCCGCAUGUAGGCUCAGCCCCUCCUCCCGGGUCCCGUUCCAGGGGCAGAGCUCUCCCCUUGCUGCAGCUGUUCAGCCAGGCUCUGGGUGGGUGGGCUCUCAGGGCCCCUUGCCACAUGCCCCUCGCAGCCCUGCACGUUCAGGAUGGGGUAGCUGGGAGGUCAGGGGUGCACACUCAGGAACUGAGGUCUGGCUUCCUGAGGUCCCAUGCUGAGCAGAGAGGCCCAACGGAUUCUGAAGAGUUCUCCCAGCAGGCUUCUGCAGUGAGGGAGGCCUGGGUCACAGGCGAGAAUGGGGGCGGACUUGACCGUCACAGGCUUCAGUGACAGCGAGGGCCGGGCCGUACCAAAAGGCCUUUGGUUGAGUGUGGCUGACAUGGGGAGUGUCAGUUCUAGGGAAUCUUCCAGGUUCCCUCCCAGUCCUGGUGUGGCCCCUGGAAAGACCAGACUGAAAGGCUCAGGUGACUUGAUGGGGGUCCCCUUUCAGGAGUCAGUAGGGGCCCUGGGAGAAAUUUUCAUAACCGUUCUGCUUUUCCCAUGAGCUCUGGGGAGCAUUCACCGCCAAGCCCCCCCCCCCCCCCGGCCCCUAAAAGCCACAGUUCCCACAGCCUUUCCCUUUCCUUCACCAGUUCCUGCCCCAACAAAUUACCACAGCAAACUCCCUGGGAAGGGGCUUUUAUAUAUUAAAAGAAAAGCUUUUAUUGGGGGGAAAAAACACAA